UCACACAUACCUUUUGAAAUCCAAGAGGAAAUCAUCAAAAAACUCCCUGUCAAAUUGUUGAUCCGAUUCACAUCAGUUUCAAAAACAUGGAAGUCUUUCAUUCAUAGCUCCAAGUUCAUUAUUGGUCACAGCCUAAUUCAGCCGCAAAAUCUACUCGUAAGUUAUUAUGAUGUAAAAAUUUUCAAGGAGAAGAAAAAGACAGUUGUUAUGUGGAAUCCUUAUAUUAGAAAAUCGGUUUCUAUUGUUGUGCCUGACCUCGAACCUACGUUUAAAUCUGUGGUGGGGUUUGGGGUUUGUCCUCACACUUUUGAGCCUAAGCUUGUCAAUAUUAGGUAUCGCCUGUGGGCAGAUGACAGAGUGACUUUCAUCCCGUGGCAAGUUGAGGUUUUCUCAUUACGCUCAUGGGCUUGGAGAAGUCCAUUAUGUGGUACUAACAAUUUACCUCGUACAUCAAUUAAAUUUAUGGAUAACCAUGUAGUUGUGGAUGGGAUUAUGUAUUGGCUUGAUUACGAUAAGACUGCUAUGCAGAAAACAUAUGCUCUGAUUAUUUCGUUUGAUUUGACGAGUGAGGAAUUUGGAGAUGUAUACUUCCCAGAUGGUUUAGCAACCGUUUUCAGUGGUUUGUUCAUCUCUAAACUGAAUGAGUCUCUCGUUGUGCUUAAAACCUAUAAAGAGUAUGAGAAACGAGUUUUCGUUGUGCUUAAACCCUAUAAAGAGGAUGAGAAACGAGUUUGCGACGUAUGGAUGAUGAUGAAACAUGGUGUUCCAAAAUCAUUUACAAAACUAUACACUAUAAAGGCACCGCAUCUUUCUGCGUCUACAAGAGUUUUAGGAUUUAGGAAGAAUGGGGAACCUAUAAUAAAUGCGGAUACUGAAUACAUCAGUAAUGGAAAUAUUGGACCAAUCUUUGUGAACACCUACACGGAAACACUACUUUUGCUUGAUGAGUCAGAUUCUAUUAUUCGUUAA